ACUUGACACCGCUGUGUCGGGACAUCGACGAGAGGACGUGCUGCUUGCCUCUUGCCGUUCCCCCGGGUUGUUUUGGCACCGACAAAAUAACCUCCCCAGUUCACCGCCGGGGUCGCUUCCCCGAACCCCCUCCCCCUGCCCCCGACCACGCGAGGUUGGUCUCGCCAUGAGCCCGCCCGAUCACCCGACCGCCCGUCACCACCUCGCCCAGCCCGCCUGAAAUUUCACUCUUUGACCUGGUCUCACGCAAGGUCGAAAAGCGUUGACUGAGUGCUGGCACCCUCGGCCGCACUGUCGUUGGGACUGGAACCGAGCGGGGAUCGAUUGACGGGCGAUCGCCUGCGGUGGACUUGAUGGACUUCCCCCGGGGCCUCCCCGACAACCCGGCGCAAGCCCGUCGGGCUAUCGCCGCUGCCGCGCUCGCGAAUCCGACACCUCCACCCCCCGUUCCGAGCCUUCGAGAUGUGCCCUCAACGUCGAAUCUCUCGGCGGGCCAGCCCGCCUCGCCCAGCCAGGUGCUUGCUAUGGCGCGAGAGGCGAUGCGGGUCGCCCACGAGAACGAGGCCAAGGCAGCCGAGGCCAGCGGCGUCGCCAACACGCUCAAGCCCGGCUUGACCGUCGACCUGAGUAGGAAGAAGAUCCAGACGUUGCCGGAGGAGAUUGUGGACAUCAUAAAGGAUGAAUUGGAGCGCCUUGCAUUAUCGCACAAUUACCUGCAAACCUUUCCCGCCAGGUUCUCCGAGUGCACAUCCCUGCGGUAUCUCAACGUCCGGCAGAACAGGAUCAAGGAAUUCCCUCUGGCGCUCUGCGAUCUCAAGUCGCUCGAAAUCCUCGAUCUUGGCCGGAACAUGUUGCAAGUUCUCCCGCCUGAGAUCGUCAAGCUUUCAUCUCUCAAAGUGUUCUCGAUACCGAAGAACAAGAUCACCCACCUGCCGCUGUGUCUAGCCGAUAUGCCAUCGCUCUCUGUGGUGAAGUUUGAAGGGAAUCCGCUGAAGUUCCCACCGCCAGAGGUACUACAAGUGCAGGGAGCUGGCGGGCAAAACGAUGGCGCUUCAAAGGAGAAUGAGUUGACCGAGGUCGCUGCCACGGCGCUUCUCAAGAAGUUCCUCAAGCAAGAGGCCAGCGGCCAAGCCGAAUCACCGGCCGACGGCGCGUCGGAGGGCACCGAAACACCCCGGCCCACGAUCAAGCGAGUCUUUAGUGGCAGAUUCCCGAUCAAGGUCAAUGGGAACGAGCUCCCCGACGUCCGAUCUCCGGCUCUACCCCGGCCACCGCCGAUACCAACCCGCUCGCAUUACCGAGGGCUCUCGCAACAAAACGCGGCGCAGCGGCGGCCAGGGGUCAUGCCGCUGACCAUUGGCAACCCCAAUGAGCGAUUGCGCAGUAACUCGGAGACCAUCAUCCAGACCUCGAGCCGCGAGCGAUCCGAAAGCAGGUCCCGGCGGAUGGGCAUGGUGUCGAAGCGGUCUGAGCUCAGUACGCUGGAGGAAAUCGACGUCACCAACCGCUUCAGCCACUACCGCGGGCUCAGCCAUGGGUCCGCAAUGCAGGGCAACGGGGCAGCCAUGCAGGUGAAAAGCCCCAACAUGGCUAGUCCGGCCGAGCCAGCCUUGCAGCGGCCCGUGUACGUUCGCAGGCUGUCGGUGCUGCCCGAACGACGCCGCGAAUCCAAAGUCUUCGACCCGGUGCUGGAGGCUGCGAAAGGCAUCCUAUACUCCAUCUUCCAAAUCCAUCCCAUGAUCCAGACGCUGGUCGGCCUGACGAACGACGGCACGUCCCGAAGGUCGAACCUCGAGAUCGUGGUCUACAAUACGAAUGCCCAUGUCGAGCAACUGGAAUUGGAGAUCCAAAGACACGACCAGGCGGCAGACGACGGAAUUGGCCAGAAAGAGAACGAGAACGUCCAGCGAGCCUGCCUCACCCUCAUCAACGCCUACACCCACGUAUGCUCGCUUCUGAUGAGCAACGUCGACCUCCUCCUGGACAACGGCGAUCCGCGGUAUAUCCGCACGAUGCUGACGCACCUCUACAAUAGCGUCAUGGAGCUGCGUGUGACAUGUUCUCAGGGGGCUCCUCCGGAGGGCGCUCAGAGGUCCUUCCCCGCCGUAGCUCGACCCGACUUCGGCGAGACGAUACGGCCUCACUCUCGUGAAAACUCGGUUACGCCAACCGCUGAUCGGGCGGCUGCAAACGGCAGACCGCGCAACGGUACAUUCGUCUACAACCCGAGCAAUCUACGAGUGGCAACGGAUGUCUCGAUGCCGUACGCCAACGGCGCCGGCCGCCCGCCGAUGGUGAGCGCAGCGACGCCACGGUCCGGCGAGUCGUUUGCAUCGACCAGCACGACGGGCACCCGCAACCUCACGGCCGAUUUCACCGAGGAAGAUCGCAUCUUUGAGAGGAUAUUCCUGUCGCUCCAAAAGACGACGGAACUGGUCAUGCGCGUCUUGCCGACAUUGAACACGCAGUUCAUGUCGUCGAUGCGGGCGGCCGCCGCCCAGCGCUCCGCAGACCAUCUCGUCCAAUCCUGGCGGGCGCUCGUCGCUAAGUGCAACACGUCCAUCCAGCAGACCGAGGUGCUCAAGGCCAGGCUGUCGUCCAUCAAGCUGAAGGAGCCCGGCAUCCGGACGCAGUCGGCCUUCUGGCGCCUGUGCAACAGCUUCAUCGACUCGUGGUACGUCCUGAUCAAGAAGAUCAUGCAGUUACAAAACGACAUCCAGCUGCCCGUCGACACCAAGACGCGCCUGCGGCCCAUCCAGCAGAGCAUGAAGGAGACGUGCGACCUGAUGAUGUCCUCGCCGUGGUCCUACUUCCUGCGCCAGCCCGGCGCCGAGCCGCUCGCCAGCCCGUACUCGGCCGGCGGCGGCGGCGGCGGCAGCGCGCAGGCCCCCUCCGCCACGCCGGUGCCGCUGCCCAUGACGCCGCAGAGCGCAGCCCUGGGGCCGGCCGUCCAGGCCACGGUGCCGUCCACGCCGCAGAGCGCCACGUUCUCGUCGGCGUUCUCGGGCGUCUUCGAGCGCGACCGCUCCGAUACCAUGCUCUCGAUGGGCACCGUUGCUAGCGGAGGAGGAGGAGGCGGCGGCGUCGGCGGUGGCGCGUUUGGCAAUGGCGGCAUGCCGGCGUCGCGCAGCGGGACUAUGAAUUCCAGCUCGACGGCGAGCCUGACCACCGCCAGUCUGAACUCGAUGAGCAGCGUGGGGUCGCACGACGGGGUGCUCACGCCGUCGUCGGCGCUGAGUCCGGGGGGACAGGGACCGCUGGCGCAGGCGGGCUUUAGGUUUGCGAGCGGGGGGGGGAAUAUGAAGGUGGGCGGAUAUUAA